UGGACUAAAACCUUUACAUCUCAACUUGUGCUUUGGACCCACGAGAAAAUACGGCAAACUGCAAGUUCUGGAUUUGAACCAAGGCAAAGGAAAAGGUCGGGAAGUUACGGAUCUUUGUUGUCCGGACAAGAGAGAGGGGCCCGAUUUCAGAGCAGCCAGACUCGGGUGAAGUUAGCAAGCAAAUCGGUACCAAGGAAGCCAGCAUCGUAAACCAGUUAGGAAGAGGAUAGUCCAGUUUUCGACAGGUUAGGAGAUUACUCGUACAAUUAUUACUUUUAUGAAUGAGAGCUCUGGCAAACUGAUACAUAUUAGGGUAUGUUAUUUAAUUCGGGAUGUUUGACCUCAGUCGUUGAUUUGAUUUGACACUUGUCAACUAACCACGAAUAUCAAGCUAGUUUAGCAUUACCAGCUAGUUUAGCAUACCCAGCUAGUUUAACAUACCCAGCUAGUUUAGCAUUACCAGCUAGUUUAGCAUUACCAGCUAGCUUAGCAUUACCAGCUAGUUUAGCAUUACCAGCUAGUUUUGCAUUACCAGCUAGCUUAGCAUACCCAGCUAGCUUAGCAUACCCAGCUAGUUUAGCAUUACCAGCUAGCUUAGCAUACCCAGCUAGCUUAGCAUACCCAGCUAACUAGCUCCUCCUGUCUUGCCAGCCACGCAAAGCUGUUGUUCAUAGUUAGCUUGCUAGCUACCAUUCAUGGCUAGCUGCCUAUUUACCCUUUAAUUACUAUAACAGGGUUGCUAACCAUCUAGUAAAAAAACAAAAACAGGCUAUAAACAUUUUUUUUGUGGGCUCAAUAUAGACUAACGUUAGAUGUUCUUGAUAACACUUUCUUUAUUGCGAUAGCUAGCCCAUAAUGGCAUUACUCGCUAGCUAGCUAACGUUAUGCUAACAAUAAGGACACAGAUAGCCUGUUCGCUAACUAGGAAACUAGCUACAUAUCCUUACAAUAUACAGUUUAGCUAACGUCACGUCCACAAAACAAAUAUGUUGUUUUCAUCUAAAGAGAGGUUAUUGCCAGAUAGCUCACAACAAGGUUCGUUUACUAACAGUCUGUUGAUGAAGCAACCGCGUUGUAUUUUAAAUGUAAUUGUUGUUUUAAACUGUGACAGGUGUUUGAAGCGCUAGCAGUCAGAGAAGUCGGUGGUUAAAUAAAUACCAGUUGUAAAACGGUGUUGAGGUUGGAAGAUCAGGACUUCUGCUCGCAGCUUGCUUUCAGCAGUGACGUUAUUUGGUACCCUGCCUCAUUCCUGUCCAAGGGACGUUUUUGGUUUUGAGCAGCACACCGUACUUCCAACUCCUGCAAGCUGUUUAACCUGGAGGGACUUUUUUUUUUUUUUCAAAUUAAUUGUGUCCACUAUUGCUGCAUCAUUUAGACUUGCCAAGCUACAAUGGUGGUCAGGUGUUUUAACCUGUAGCAGCGCCUCAACUCCACCUCGACACACAACAGUGGGCCGUAGGGCUAAUCAACAAUUCUCAACUGGAGGACCACACAGACUCUUGACUACUCUAACUUCUCUGCUGGAAUAGACCAUACCUGUCCCCCCCCUCUCUCCAUCCCCUCCCCUCUCCGUCCCCCUCUGCCUCCAUCCCCUCUCCUCCCCCAGUGUGUGAGGGGACAGAUGUGAGGAAGGCAGGAUGGGGACCCAGGGCAGCCCGGUGAAGAGUUAUGACUACCUGUUGAAGUUCCUCCUGGUCGGGGACAGCGAUGUGGGGAAAGGGGAGAUACUAGACAGCCUACAGGAUGGAUCGGCAGAGUCUCCGUACGCGUACAGCAGUGGCAUCGACUACAAGACCACCACUAUUCUGCUGGAUGGGAGGAGAGUGAAACUGGAGCUGUGGGACACGUCAGGACAGGGGAGGUUCUGCACCAUCUUCAGGUCCUACUCCAGAGGGGCUCAGGGGAUCCUGCUGGUGUAUGACAUCGCAAACCGCUGGUCGUUCAGAAGGCAUCGACCGCUGGAUACGAGAGAUUGA